AUGCCACUUCUCUCCCCCUUUUCGCAAUGCUUCUCUUCUCUCGUCCAGCUGAAUUCCAAAUGGAGAAGCCGCGGGGGUUUGAGGGGAAAUGAGGGACCGGAAAAACCUAUGUCAAGUCGUUUGUGGGACGUCUUUCUGCGUACUUGGGAUCUAGGCUUUACUGCCUUCGGCGGGCCACCAGUACACUUCCAGAUCCUACAUAGUAGGUUCGUGGAGGGAAAGGGCAACAAGGAAAAAUGGGUAGAUGAACAGACUUAUCAAGAGCUCUUUGCUGUUUGUCAGGGCCUUCCGGGUCCCGCUAGCACGAAGAUGAUUUUCUGCCUAGUAUUAUUACAUGCAGGAUUUAUUCCUGCCAUGCUUGCAUUUUUUCUUUGGAGUCUUCCUGGUGCAAUUGGCAUGUAUGCUCUCUCGCUUGGGGUGCAAAAUAUGAGUGAAACCCUACCCAAACCUGUCUACUCUUUACUUUCCGGUCUCAACGCCUCCACAGUAGGUAUUGUUGCACUUGCAGCCGUACAAUUGGCCGAAAAAGCUAUUCGCGACAAACUAUCCCGCAUCCUUGUGAUUUUUGGCGCAUGUGCUGGUCUCUGUUACAAUGCACUCUGGUAUUUUCCCGUGCUGAUGACUAUUGGUGGCUUUCUGACGAGCGUCUGGGAUGGAUGGUUAUAUCAACAAAUUCGGAGAGCAAAGAUCGCAUCGAAGGAUAGACAUAGUCGCCCAGAACAAGACGUGACAAAUGGGGCCCCUAUAGCCAUGGACGAUAUAACUUUAGAAGAGAACGGAUUGCAGAGGAGUGAGACGACGCGACAGCGAAGGAUGGAUCCUAGAACCGAAGGACUCCCACAUAGUACAAUUGAUACCACAAGAUCAGCGCAGUCCGCGGAAGCUGCUUCACAACAGCAUAUUAUUCGAAUUCGGGUCGGAGCUUUAGUCAUGGGGAUCUUCUUUGCUUCCUUCAUCGGAAUUCUUGUUGCCAGAGCCCAGAUCACCACACCCCCAUUAGUCCUCGACCUCUUUGCUAAUAUGUACCUUGCUGGCACUGUUAUCUUUGGCGGAGGACCUGUUGUCAUUCCCCUUUUACGCACCUAUGUCGUCGAUCCCGGCUGGGUCUCUAGUAGAGACUUCUUAAUCGGCCUUGCUAUUAUCCAAGCUUUUCCCGGUCCUAACUUCAACUUCGCUGUCUUCUUGGGGGCACUAGCACUACAGAACUCGCGCUUUCCGACAGCCCUCGGUGCGUUUCUCGGCGGUUUAGGAAUCUUCCUUCCGGGAAUUACACUGGCCGUUGCAAUCCAAGGCUUCUGGCGUGUAUUGCGGAAGAAGAAAUAUGUGGUCGACUUUCUUAGAGGAGUGAAUGCCACUGCGGUUGGGCUAGUAUUUACAGCUGUAUACCGCUUGUGGGAGAUCGGAUACCUGACUCAUGAAAGAAGUGAUGGACAGAGUCUGGGGAAAGAACCAUGGUGGGUGGUUGUUGCAACGGUGACAUAUGCAGGGAGUGCAUGGUUCCAUGUGCCCCCACCUGUGGCGAUUGUAAUGGGUGCCAUUUUAGGGUUAUGCCGGUCCAUGGCUGCUUCUAACUCAACAGCUCUAGUCAGCUGGCAGUUAGAGGAUAACAGCCGCUCCACAUUUGCUCUGGUGUGGUCCUGUUUGUCAACGGUAUUUGCCUGCACCUGGACAGUAUUACACCCCGCUCUCCCUCGACGAAACUCGCCCACUGUGCGAAUGAUCAUAUCGAAUUUCGCAUAUUGGCUCCUCGCUAUCUUUUUCCCAGAGUACGUGUUCGUAAACGCUUCACAGAUGCGUUACCGAGCAAUGCUAUUGAAGAAUGUGUGCAAUGAAGCGCAGAAAACCCGGUAUCUUGAGUCGGUGGACCCGGAGGCUUGGUUGUCUAAACGGGCUAGGCCACUAGAUCAAGUGCAAAACCAAGACUCUACUGGUCCCCAUCCAUUCCGCACCGAGUGGACACUUCGAAAAUGUUUCUGUAUUAUUGCUGGUGGACUUGCCUUACAGACCCAGGAUGGGUGGAUUUACAUCCUGCGACGAAGCGAUAUGAAACCCUUCAUUGAGGCCGGGAUAGUGGAAGACAUAGACUUUCACGAUCGUGAGGUUGAAGAUCAUGCCAAAGCAGAUUCUUUAGGGAAGACCUUCACUGUACUCCAAACUAGUUGGUUCCUUUUCAACACAAUAGCAAGAUGGGCAACAUCUCUGCCGGUUGCACCAAUCGAACUAGCGACAGUCGCUUAUGUUCCCUGUGCUGUACUGAUGUACGCUAUGUGGUGGUACAACCCUAAGGAUAUGACCACACCAAUCACGAUCUAUGUGAGAUGCGAUCUAAACAAUUUACCGACCCACCUUCUCGAUCAAACGGCCACAAAUCCGUAUGGUUGGGUUCACCGUCAUGCACAAGAAAAGAAACAGACCAUGUUGUCUGUUUUUGCACAGGCUUCUGAGUGGUUUUUUGAUGCAGCUGCAGGUCCUGCUGAUACGUCAGGCGAAUUGGCCUAUGAUGGUUUCUAUAAGCCAUCUCAUGGAUGCAUUAUAACCGCUGUCAAUACCUUUGUUGCUUUCCUUUACUGUGGUAUUCAUCUCGCCGGAUGGAAUUUCCCAUUCCCCACUGGAGCUGAACGAAUUACUUGGCUUGUCUCAUCGCUUGCCUGCGUUGUCAUCGUUGCAUUCAAUGCACGAAAGGGCUUUUGGUAUCGGGUAAUCCUGCUUGUUGAAUUGAUUUGCUUCGCCAUAUACGGGAUUUUGCGUCUGGCUAUGAUGGUCCUAGCUUUCACAUCAUUGAGAGCUCUUCCGGUCGGCUCGUAUACGACUGUCGAAUGGGUGAUGAGCAUUCCACAUGUCUAA